UUUUAAUAAUAAUUUUAUACAUAAAUCACAAGUUUUUUAUUUGUCUUUCAAAUUGUUGGAUCAAAUCAUAAGAAGAAUAAGAAGAAGACAUAAAUUAAAGGAAAAGUAUUUAUUUGUUUUUCAUUUGAAAACGAAGUGACAAAUCUGAAAGACUGAAGACUGAAGAAGCAAAAGAAGAAGAAGAAGAAUGAGUGCCACAAACACGACAUUCUGGAGACAGAUGUCGUCGUCGUCUUCUACUACUUCUUCGUCAUCAACGACAACAACCGCAACAACAAACAGUGAUAGCAAUCGUCACAAUAAACAACAAACAAUUGGUGCCAAUCAACAACAGUCGUCGUCGUCGUCGGGUAGCGGCAGCAGUGGUCAGACAACAACCCGAUUGCCCGGACGUGUCAUUUUUAGCAGUGUUUUUAACUCCGCCGCCGCCAGUGAUCGACCGCAACAACAACAACACAACCCAAGAAAUUAUGGCAAACAAAGGACUAGUAGUCUAACGUCGAUGACAUCAUCGACGACUAAGCCGACCAAUACUGGCGGCGCCGGCGCCGCCGGUAGUGCUGUUCAUAGAGUAGCGUCGGUUGGGUUAUCGGCGGUCAGUGUUGGCGGAGUCGGCGGCGGCGGCGGCAGUAGUGGUCAUCAUAAGCGCAACAAUUCUGCCAGUUUUGAAGUAUUUACGGCCAGUUGUGAAGAUGCCUGGGAUUCAAAUAUUGAAGAUUGUGUUCAGUCGACGGCUACCAGUAAUGCCAUUAAUAAUCGCAAUCAUCAUCAGCUGAUCCACAAUAACAAUGCAAACCAAUCAUCAUCAGUAGCGGCGGCGGCAGCAGCGUCUGCGGCGGCCAUCAGUGCCGCAACUGAUUCGCUGCUAUCAAACAACAUCUCUUCGCUACUCAUCAGAGAAAUGCCUUCAAAACCGGUUACGACAACCAAAAGUGCCAGAAAUGAUGACAACAACAAGAAACCAAUGGAAACAACAACAACAACAGCUGAUCCCAAAUUGGCUAAACUCCGAAAGAUUGUCUUCGACGACGAUAUUACCGAUUUGAAUCAGCUGAGAUCGCUGGCCUGGGCCGGCAUUCCCAAUCAAGUACGACCCGUUACCUGGAAACUCCUGUUAGGCUAUCUACCGAUUGUCCGAUCAAAGCGUACACAAGUAUUGGACAGAAAACGUGCCGAAUAUCAGAAUCUGGUUAAACAAUACUAUCAUAAUCGGCAGGAAAACGAUGAAAUAUGGCGUCAAAUACAUAUAGAUAUACCUCGGAUGCAACCAUUGAUAUCCAUAUUCCAGCAGAGCUUAGUCCAAGGAAUCUUCGAACGAAUACUGUUUAUUUGGUCCAUAAGACAUCCGGCCAGCGGUUACGUACAGGGAAUGAACGAUUUGGUUACACCGUUUUUUGUUACCUAUUUAUCCGAGUUUAUCGCCAACAACGACCUAACCAAAGUCGAAUCGUUUGAUGUGUCGACACUGUCGGAGGAUGUCCUAAGCGGUGUCGAAGCCGACGCUUUCUGGUCGUUUACCAAACUAUUGGAUUCAAUACAAGAUAACUAUACAUUUGCACAGCCAGGCAUUCAACAUUUGGUUCAUCUAUUGUCGUGUAUUGUUUCCCGCGUUGACCGUACACUACACGAACAUCUGGAACGACAUUCCGUACAAUAUCUACAGUUUGCCUUUCGCUGGAUGAAUAACCUACUGAUCCGUGAACUACCCCUACUAUGUAUUGUACGCCUUUGGGACACCUAUUUAGCUGAAGGCGCUGUCGUUACUACCAAUACUACCAGCCAUACAGGCCAUAAUAAUUCAACCAAUUACAAUAUAACAUCCAUGAACGAUAAAGAUAGUACGGGUAGUGGCAGUGGUAUAUCAGUUAUGGACAAUAGUAGUGCCAACGAUAUGACUUCCUGGUCGAUGGGCAGCGGAACACCGUUUUCCAGUGCUUUUCAUCUGUUUGUUUGCGCGGCAUUCCUCCGGUUUUGGUCCAAAUCACUACUUCAGGAAAAAGAUUUCCAAGGAUUGAUGUUAUUGUUGCAAAAUUUACCGACAUUUCACUGGACAGACAACGAGGUCAGGCUAUUGGUGGCCGACGCCUAUCAACUCAAGUAUACUUUCUCACCAAAUCAUCUCAAAGUUUAGGGUAUUAUUAGAUUAAAUAAACAAUUAAUUAAUUAUUAAUAAUAAUAAUAUGUUAAUAACAAUAAUAAUAAUCGUACCGUAAUUUUGUUAUUUGUUAUUAUUUUUUAAUUUAUUAUACAAUUUGUUUUUUCCCACAUUAUAUACUUAUAUAUAUUUAUAGGAAUAUAAUCUUUAUUUAUAAAAAAAGCUUUUUUUGUUUGUUUUUGUUUCAAUCAAUAAAAUUCAAAAGUUAUUAUUUGUUUUGUGACAUUGCUUUUGUUGUUUUGUUAUGCAAAUUAUGUAAUUGUUUUCAAUAGACAUUAUUAAGAGAUACCGAGGGGUAUUGAUUGGCAAUCAAAUAUAGUUUUUAAAAUUAGUUAAUUAAAUAAGCAAAAAAAACUUUUUAAACAAGCAUUAUAAAAAAAAUUAUGCGAAUAAUGAGAUGAUUAAAUA